AACGAAUAUUGGACUAUGUUAAGCCUAUUUAAUAAGUCAUGUCAUACCAGAAUGCUAGAUAUACACGGAUACGUCAAAUAUUGAAUGAUAAUAUUUACUGGAAAUAAAGAUGUCGACAUUGGUGGAUUAACAUAUUUGACCACACACUCGAUCUAUCGGAGUUAGUGAACAUUCGAAAAACAAGACAGGAAACACAACUCCGAAGGCGACAGUGAAUACUUGUGUAAAGAUUACGAAGCAUUAGAUAACGGUGACUCUGGGGCUACAUACUUUAAUCUUUUUAACAGUUGAAUGGAAAACACGAUGACAAACGACGAUCCAGAAACAGAUGGUUGCAUGUUUACUCUGGACACUUUAUACGGUGCGGUAUUUGAGGACGAUUUCAUAUUGUAUCAAUCAACCCUUUGCAAAGGAGGCUUUGACAUGAAUCAGGAAUCCCAAAUCAUGCACUUUAUCUGUAAAUGUAGGACGGAAGCGAACACUGUUGAAUAUCUACAAGAAGCUGUUAAUUACGGAAGUGACGUAAGGGCUAAAGAUGACAGUGACCAAAUGCCAAUACAUGUCGCAUGUUCGUUUGCAAAUUACCGUGCCGUGGAGUAUCUGGCCGACCUUGACCCAUCACUAUCUAACGAGGUUGUUGAAAGGACUCUUUCUCCGCUCCUAAUUACGAUAAGUAAAUUUUCAACCGAAAGGAACAAGAGUUUUGCAAAACUGUUGACGUUCUUCUCAAACACGGAGCCGACGUGAACAAGAGAAUACGAGACUUCAGUCAUACGCCGUUGUUAAGUGCGGUGUGUCACAACGAAAUGAUGCCAGAUAUUGUUCGUAUUUUACUUGACGCUGGAGCUGACGUCACAGCACGUUCUUUAAUGGACAGAACACCUCUUAUCCAUGCUGUAUCGCAGAAAGACCAGCGAUCUGUCCGAUACCUUCUAAAAGCUCAAUCGGACCCAGAUGCUGUGGACAGAUUGGGCUGUACACCACUAGGACUUGCUUGUCUAAAACAGCACGCACCUAUCAUACGAGAUAUUGUUCAAUACGGCGCCGAUAUUAAUUCUGAAAGGAGUCGAAACAACAAAGACUUAUUGACUAAUGUCAUCCAGUCGUCACAUCACAGCAUCACUGAGCUUCUGUUCGAGCUUGGAUUGAAAGUAACUCCUGAACUCAUUAUGCUGAAAAACCCAGUUGGUUGUGCAAUAAGGAAAAAAAGUAGCGAACAUGUGAAGAUUCUGCUUCGGGAAAAUUGUCCUCUAGAAGAACCCUUACACGAACUUCCAUUAAUAGAGGCAGUUCAGGAGAAUAAUGUUGAUGCCGAUGUGAUGAAUAUUCUCAUCAAAUCGGGAGCCGACUUUUCGGACGCGCUGUUGGACUGUGCAAUGACUGCUAAGCCGGAUGAUAAAUGUUUGGCGAGUUUGAUUACAAGAUAUCACUGUGACGUCAGAACGCUGAAGACACUGUGUUGUUUCUCUAUUAGGAAGUGUCUCGGCCUCGGAAUCAAAACAAAGGUUCAGCGUCUGAUUGACGAUCACGUGAUUCCUCGAUCUCUAGUUAAGGAUGUCAUGUUGGAGCACGUUCUCAAUGUGUGAUCCAGCAAUGUUUAAGGACUGUGCAAACAGAUUAUGACCGUCGUUUUUUUUUCUCUCUCACACACUCCAGAGGAAUGAACAAACUUUAAAACAUACUGAUAACGCCAUUAAUAUGCUGCAAUUAUUUAGCGACAGCUCAAAUUUAAUAUACGAGAUAAAGGAUCUUAUCUAGGUUUUACCGAAGCGAAAAAUGAUUUUAAUUAAAAGAAAUGGAAACCGGUAACGUUAGGUUCGUUGUAUCACAAAACUGUUUUUACACAGUGAAAUAUUUUCACUCAAUAUUUCUCCAUGUUAAAGUAUUCAAAGAUCAAGAACCUGGGGAAAAAAUAUAACAAUUACAAUAAGGUAGUGUCUUUCAUUAUGAAAUAGAUUUAAAUUUACCAAUGUAAUUAAUUUUUUAUACUUUUUCAAUAUGCUUGUGUUUUUGUUGGAUUCGUACCAACCUUUUUUUUCCAUUAAAUGUUUUAUUAGCAAAAGUCAGUUAUUUUUUGUCACCCUUUCAGAAAUUGCCUUUGCUUUCGUCGGAAAUCUCGUUCCUUCUUCUCUUCUUCCUUUUAUGUUCCUUACUCUCUUAUAUUUGUAUUUCCUUUUCUAAAUCAGCUUCUACUUUUUUAUCCAAACUAUCCCCCAAUCCCAUUUUUCAAUUAGCUCCAGUCGAUUAUAUUCAUUGGUUGAUUGUUUCAAUUCUACAUACACU